CAACGCCGAGUAUUUGUUACGCUCGACAAGAUGGCCGGCUCGCAACUCAAGCGGCUCAAAGCCUCCCUGAGGGAGCAGGGAAUCACUGGACCCCAGAAGUCUAAGAAGCAGAAGCGUCAAUUUGCGCAAGACGAAAAGGCCAAGACGGACAAGCGCCUGCAAAGAGGUGCUGCCCUGGGACAAAUCAGAGAACAAUUCAAUCCCUUCGACCUGAAGCACAACCCACGAGGACCCAAAUUCGAAGUCACAACGAACAGACCUCAAACAGGUGCCGCAGCGAGAGGAAUCAAUGGCCGUCCCACCGAGGCCAAGUCUCUGGGCGAGCAGAGGCGCCGAGAGACGCUGCUCAUCGAGAUGCAAAAGCGUAACAAGGUCGGCGGAAUUCUCGAUCGUCGAUUUGGUGAAAACGACCCAUCCUUGGCCGAAGAGGACAAGAUGCUCGAACGUUUCGCCCGCGAAAAGCAGAGGUCACACAAGAAGACGUCGCUAUUCGAUCUCGAGGAAGCCGAGCCGCUAGGCGAAUUGACACACAUGGGCCAGGCUCUCAACUUUGCGCACCAUGCGGAUAUGGCCGACGACUUCGACGAGGAUGACCUUGGUUCAGAUGACGACAGCGACUCCUCCUUAUCUGACAAGAAGAAGAAGCUUAAGCGCCUGCGCGAAGCUGGUUUCGGUGAAGACGAAGAGGGGGCGAAUGACGAGCCAGACAGGAAAAAGUCCAAGAAGGAAGUCAUGGAAGAAGUCAUGGCGAAAUCGAAGAUGCAUAAAUACGAAAGGCAGAUUGCCAAGGACGAAGACGAGGACCUGCGGAUGGAGUUGGACAAGGAGCUCCCCAACCUUCACGCUCUCCUGAUGGCCCAUGGAAAAUCGGAUGCGCAGAAGAAGGACGAGGGUGGCAAGUUGAUUGCUGGAGUUGACAAGGCAACUUUCGAUAAGGAGUUUGAUUUGCGCAUGAAGAAGCUCGUUCAGGAUCGCCGUGCGGCCCCCACAGAGCGCACAAAGACUGACGAGGAAUUGGUGGAGGAGGAAUCCAAGAGGCUGAAGGAGCUCGAAGAAAAGCGCCUGAAGAGAAUGAACGGCGAGGCCGUCUCUUCCGACGAAGAAAGCGAGGAGGAUGAGGAGAUGGAGGAUCAACCUGCCGAAGAUCCUGCUUUCCAGUGGCUCCCUGAAGAGGAAGAGGAGGAUUUCGGCCUCGGAAAGGGUAUCAAGACCAAGACCCGCCCGACGGCGACAGAGCUUGGCUUUGACGAUGAAGAUGACUUCCUCAUCGAGGACGACUUGAUUGCUAGCGGUUCGGACCUGGAGCCUAUCGAGAGCGACGAGGAAGAAUCGGACGAAGAGGAAGAAUAUCAAGACGACGAUUCCGAGGACGAAGAGUUCACCAAAGGUCUGCUCAACGAGGAGGAAGCAAAGAGCUCUGUGUUCGCAAACGCUGGUGGACAAGGGAGCGCGGUACUCGACAGCUCCGACCUGCCUUACACUUUCCCAUGUCCGCAAAGUUACGAAGAACUCUCGGCGCUGGCACAGAAGUACCCUAGCGACAAGCUGCCUACCAUUGUGCAGCGCAUUCGAGCUUUGUACCACCCUAAGCUGGACAGCAGGAACAAGGAGAAGCUCGGCAAGUUUGCUCAGGCGCUUGUGGACAUGAUCGGUCAUGGCCCACGGACCGAGAGCAGCCCAUCUUUCCAAGUACUGGAGAGCUUGGUACGACAUAUUCACUCUCUCGCCAAAAUGUUCCCCGUCGAAAUCGCCAACCAGUACCGUUCUCAUCUCGAGGAGAUCAGCCAGCAACGACCUCUUGCCGUACAUGUCGGCGACCUAACACUGUUGACUGCUAUCGGAUCGACAUUCCCUACAUCUGACCACUUCCACCAGGUCGCAACUCCUGCCAUGCUUACCAUCGGGCGUUACCUCGGUGGCAAGAUUCCUCAAACACUCGGUGACUACGCCACUGGUAUCUACCUUUCGACUCUGGCAAUUCAGUUCCAGCAGUUUUCAAAGCGAUACGUUCCCGAGGUGAUGAGCUUUUCUCUCAACACCUUGUGCGCGUUAGCUCCCUCGGCAGCUUCGAAGCUGUCGGGCAACUUCCCUCUUCAUGAGCCAGCAGCGGGUAUUCGCGUCGCAAACGCGCGGAAGACGGAGCUCCGACAGCUCUCGCCAGCUGACUGCGCCAAGACAGAAGUGAGCGGUGCGGAAGCCGAGUCCAAGAAGGUUGCCCUGUUGGGCACAACGCUUCAGCUCCUGAGUGCUGCUGCGGAUACCUGGACUGGGAAGCCUGCCUUCAACGAGACCUUCCAGCCAGCACUAGACAUCGUGGCGCACUUGAGCAGCAAGUCAAGCCGCGCAAAGUUCCCCGAGGCUCUUGGUGAACAAGUCGACAAGUCCAAGCUCAAGAUGGAGCGCAUGCUUAAGAUCGCUCAGCUCGCGAAACGGCCGCUUGAGCUGCACCACCACCGCCCGCUUGCCAUCAAGACGUUUAUCCCCAAGUUCGAGGACUCGUACGACCCGAACAAGCACUACGACCCGGAUCGCGAUCGUGCGGAGAUGGCCAAGUUGAAGAAGGAGCACAAGAAGGAGCGCAAGGGCGCCAUGAGAGAGCUGAGGAAGGACGCCCAGUUCAUGGCCCGCGAAAAUUUGCGUGCGAAGAAGUCCAAGGACGAUGCGUACGAGAAGAAGUACAAGAGGCUCGUGGCGGAGAUCCAGAACGAGGAGGGCAGGGAGGCGAAUGCGUACGAGAGGGAGAAGGACGGCAGAAAGAGGUCCAGGGCCCGGUAGACGGCUUGCGGUUUAGUCUUUUGUGUUACGGUAUCAAAAAGUUGAUGGGUGCUUUUCGGCAUAGUUUAUUCCCUUUUUGUAUUCAAUACCAGUAGAGGGGUGGAGAGCUCACCCGUGGCUUGACAUAGAUGAUUAAAGCAGGCAACGGGCCAUUAAUCGAAAUCCAUACCCAAAUGACCCAGUCGAGG